AUGUUCUUCGGCAGCAGGGAGAAGUUCCCAGAGUGGUCGUUCGUGUUCAAAGCGUACAUGUCCGCCAUCGACGCUAGGUACUCUGACCUGUUAGAACACGCUUCUGAUAAGGAGAGUAUCAUUAGGAAUCUAGACCUAGAGCCACACGAGAAGCAGUUGUCAACACAGCUAUACUAUAUAUUAGUUAUGCUUUGUCGCGAUAAGGCACAAGACAAAAUGAACACAGUGGGCUCUGGAGAAGGUUUCGAGGCCUGGAGACAAUUCAUCAUCGACUGGGACCCCAAGGUCCGCACGCGCAGGGUUGGCAUGAUGAUCAAGAUCUUGACAGCUACGUUCGGAGGUGACAUACCUCAAUCCCUGGACCAGUUCGAGACGAUGGUCAGGGAGUACGAGCAGCAAAGCAAGAAGGUGUUCGACGACGAUCUCAAGCUAGGUCUUGUCGUGGUGAACAUGACAGACCCGGAGGUCCAGAAGCACCUGGUUAAGAAUGCCAACCGCCUGGACACGUGGAAGGCGAUGAAGGACGAGUUGUUGGACAUGGCUCGCACUGAACACGCACAGUGCCCCAAGAAGGCUGCCGACAAGAACCGGCAGCUUGCGGCGGCCCCAGAGGCCGCGCAAGACGACGCCGCCACAGGAUCAACUCAUGUGCGGCCCGCCCCAACGAUGGGCGCCCUAGUGAGGCCGGACAGUGAUGACGAGCGCGACUAUGGGUUUCUCAUGCCCCUGGUCGGCGACGACGCGCCGCUGGCACCACUGCCGUCCAGGAGGGUGAUGGUAGAUUCCGGCGCUGGCCGAAGCGUUUUGCCCACGGGUUUCGACCCAGACGCUGCCGACGAUGGCUCUGUGAGGCCGUCGCGGUUGUCCACGGCAACAGGAGAGGACGUGCAGCUGACGACGGGCAAGAGGUCGCAGUACCAGACCAGCGAUGGCAGGCCGAUCACACUGACGUACAACGAGAGCGAUCAGGUGAAAAUUCCGGUUGUGGCUGCUUCUGAGGCAACAGAGGCCGGCAACUGGAUUGUCUUCGGCCCUGGAGUGCAACGAGUUGUGGCGCCGGCAGACGCCCGUGAGUUGCAAGAAGCAGCUCUGGCCGCCAGGGAUGUAGACCUGGUCAAGGACAGGGGGGUCUAUUGGUUAGAUCUCUUCGAAGACGACGGGCAGCAGCAGGCCAGACCUCUGUGCCCUGCAAGGCCAGCAAAGAAGCCAAGGGUUGUGGACGCGCGGUCGCCCAUGCUGAUGGUGGAGUCAGAGGAGGCCAGGAGGCCGCGAGCCAAGGCCAUUCCACCUACGGUCAGCAAGGCCGAAUGGGACCUGCAUCAGCUGACGCACCUGCCGUUCAGGAGCUGGUGCGAGGCAUGCGUGACUGGCAAGGCUGCAGAGGACCCUCACUGGCGGAAGCGACCAGAUGAGCAGCAGCAGGGCUUGCCCAAGUUGUGCCUCGACUACCUGUUCCUCUCCAAGAGGGAGGAAGACAAUCUCCUGUAUGCGGUGCUGAAUCUCUUGGACGAGCGAUCCGGAGCACCAUUCCCGAACAUGGUGCAGAGGAAGGGCGACGACGACUUUGCUGUGAGUUGCAUGCAUGAGAUGGUGCGCUUCUGUGGCCGGAGUGAUUUCAUCGUCAGGAACGACGGUGAGAACCCCAUCAACGCGUUGGUGGCCAAGUUCGUAGAGACGAAGCAGAAGGGCAUCACUGUCCUCCGGGAGAACACGCCGAAAGGUUCGUCCCAGUCAGCCGGAAGCAUCGAACGUUCGAACUACGAGGUAGAGAAACAGCAUCGGGCUUUGAAGGCUCGAUUGGAGAAGGUGUACCGGAGAACGUUCGAGAUGUCUCACAAGAUACAGCCAUGGCUGGUGAGGCACGCAGGGUGGCUGCUCACACGUUUCCUUGUCAAGGAGGACGGGAAGACACCAUAUGAGCGGCUCAAACAGAAGCCGUACAAUGGUGAAAUAUGUGAGUUUGCUGAAUGUGUUCAUCACAAGCAUCCGGCGGAUGCUGUGGGCAAGGCUGACGAUAGGUGGUCGCUCGGCGUGUGGCUUGGUAAGUCGCUGAGGGCAGACGAGCACUUGGUAGGCACCGAGAAGGGCGUGACUACGUGCCGGAGCAUCUGGCGGAGGCCAGAGGCGCAGCGGUGGCAGACAUCGUUGCUAGACCAGUUCGUCGGGAGCCCCUGGCAGCCCGUGCCGCCAGGCGUCAAGGAGGUCAAGCCCAAAGAUGUGUACAUCACCAUCGAGCGAAUCAUAAAAUUCAAAGCCACGGAAGGAUGUCCUGGGUGCAGAGCCCCAGGGGAGGUGCGCCACACACCUGCGUGUCGAGAGCGGUUUGCCCGCCUUGUGGCGGAAGAGAAGGAGAGACAGCAGAAGGCUCGAGAAGAGAAGGCCCUGCGCCUCGAAGAGCCUCCUCCUGUGCAACCAGAAGCACGCAACUUGCCGGCAGCUGCCGGCAGCGCGCCCGCGGCCCGAGAGGCAGCGAGCGCGACGGGCACAGGAAACGCUGCGACCCGCCAAGGGGCCAGUUCGGCUGCUAACCCUGCGCCUGCGGCCCGCGAGGCCGCGAGUGCGGCAGCUGGCCAAAGACCAGAGGAUGUGGAGAUGCCGGAGGCACCGCGUCCGAGGGAGGCAGCCGAUGAUGAUAUGGAGGGGGACCAACCCGUAGAGGGCGAGCCUGCGAACAAGCAGGCGCGAGUGGCUGCCCUGGCCACGCUCCACGAGCCGGACACGGUAACUGUGCCAGAGGCCGCAGAGCCAGUGCUGCAGGAGCUACCUGUGCACAUGGAUAUGAGCAAGGAGUACUAUUCCACGAAGGAUGGUGUCCGGCUCGAUCCAGAGAAGGUGCUGCAGGGUAAGCUAAAAGAGCUAUCCCAGAUCGACAACUUCGGUGUGAAGGUCUUCCGGGCCAUCGUGUCUGCGGCUGCUACAAAGCAGCGGUCGGAUGGAUCUUGGAGCCGUCUGAUUGCAGGCUACGAUAUCAGUGUGGCUUUCUUCCAUGCUGAUUCAGACGGUCGAACCGUAGUUGUGCCGCCCCCGGAUGUUCGGAAGCCUGGGGUCGUUUGGUCUCUGAAGAAAGCCAUGUACGGCACCCGGCCGGCAUCCAGAGCCUUCGGUAGCUAUGUCAUUGACAAGUUCAAGGAUGAGAGCUUUGACUUGGUGGCAGUGGUGCCGAUGACGUUCGUGAGCACAGAGUUGGAUGUAUCGUUAUGCUGCCACGGAGACGAUUUUCUCGCAGAAGGUGAAGAGAGGUCUCUUGAUGUUCUGGAUGACAUCAUGAAGAGGCACUUCGAAGUGAACAUCUUGCCUCGUGUAGGGCCCCCGGAGUACGGCGGCCAGGCUGUGCAGCUCAGCCACCUGAAGCGCGUCAUUCGGUGGACGCCCGAAGGCUUCACGUGGGAGGGCAACAUCCAACACAUCCGUGACCUCGUGGGCCUGCUGGGCCUAGUUCCCGGCGCGAGCAAGGGCAUAGACACGCCCGGGUCGAAGGACACGGCGAAGAACCGCAGGGAUGCCCUGGAUCCGCUCGGCAAGGAGGACGCGAACCUCUUCCGGAGCGCGGCAGGCACCCUGCAGUAUCUCGCAGAGGACGUCCCGACGGUGAAGUUCUCGAGCUCGCAGGUCAUGGAGGGGAUGACGAACCCCACUGUCACCCACCAGCUGCGCUUGCACAGGGCGGCCCGGUAUCUGCUAGCUCACCCAGGCGAGAUCUGGGAGUACAGGUACCAAAAGGAUCCACGUCUUUUGACUGAGUAUGUGGAUUCAGAUUGGGCAGCAGAUUCAGAGACGCGUAAGAGUGUAAGUUGUGCGUGUGAGACGUACGGUAAUCAUUUGUUAGACGUGUCUGUAAGUAAGCAGCAGAUGUUGGCACUCAGCAGUGGAGAGGCAGAGUUCUAUUCCAUCAUCAAAGGCACAGCCAUGGGGAUCCAAACCAGGCAGGUGCUAGAGGCCGUGCUUCGCCACCCGGUCUCGGUGGAGAUCCUGAGCGACAGCAGCGCGGCCCGGGGCAUCUGUCAGAGGCAGGGGAGCGGCCGUGUCCGCCACCUGUCGACGAAGGACCUGUGGGUCCAAGAAUUCUUCCGCACAGGGCAGGGAGGAUUGAAGAAGGUAGGUACUAAGUACAACUGGGCGGAUCUUGGGACUAAGAUUCACCCCAGGGCACGUCUCGAGGAGCUGAUCGAGAUGAUGCCGCUGAGGAGGAGAGAGGGCUCGAGCUUAGAGAGGUCCAGGGAAGCAUCUGUAGCAGUAUUUUUGCUUCUGGCAUCUUUGGCUACGCAGUCUGCCGCAGCCCGUGGGCUGCGCGAGAGUUAG